CCACCGGAAUUCAUCUCCUCUGCCGUCUCUGUCUCUGUCUCUCUCUCUUUCUAGUGAGAUCUCUGUUUUUUGAUGGUGGAGCUGUGAGAUUCUGUGUUUUGAGGAGUUUCCGGUGAGAGAAAUGGCGGCAGAGGGAGCGUUGUCGUUUUCAGUGGCGUCGCUGGUGGAGGAUGUACUGCAACAGCACGGCAAUCGGUUGAGAGAUCUUGACUUGGAGUCUAGGAAAGCUGAGGAAGCUGCAUCGCGGCGGUAUGAAGCUGCUGGGUGGCUGAGAAAGACGGUUGGGGUUGUAGCAGCUAAAGAUUUGCCGGCAGAACCAUCGGAAGAAGAAUUCAGGCUUGGACUGAGAAGUGGAAUUAUUCUUUGCAAUGUUCUCAAUAAGAUUCAACCUGGAGCUGUGCCCAAGGUGGUGGAGAGUCCAUGUGAUGCUACUCUUAUCCCAGAUGGAGCUGCAUUGUCUGCAUUUCAGUACUUUGAAAAUGUGAGGAAUUUCCUUGUUGCUAUACAAGAGAUGGGGCUUCCUACUUUUGAGGCAUCAGAUCUUGAACAAGGAGGGAAAUCUGCAAGGAUUGUGAAUUGUGUUCUUGCAAUGAAGUCAUAUAAUGAAUGGAAGAAGACGGGCGGAAAUGGGGUAUGGAAGUUUGGUGGAAAUGUAAAACCUUCUACUACUACUUUGGGAAAGUCCUUUGUAAGAAAAAAUUCAGAGCCAUUCACAAACUCUUUGUCAAGGACCUCAUCAAUGAAUGAGAAAUUGCUGAAUGGCCAGUCCUUUGAACUUGAUUCUAAUAAAAUGUCUGGUUCCGGUUCAUUGAGUAUGCUGGUUCGUGCUGUUCUUUUGGAUAAAAAACCUGAAGAAGUUCCUAUGUUGGUGGAGUCUGUGCUAAGUCGAGUGGUGGAGGAAUUUGAGCAUCGCAUUGCAAGCCAAUGUGAAAUGAUGAAAACAAUGUCAAAGGACACUGUUACUUCUAAUGGCAACAAAUCCUUUUUGAGAUCUUCAUCUGGAGAUAGUAAGACUGAAGAAAAGAACUCCAAAGUGGCCAAGAAAGAGGAUUGCUUCCCACACUACAUUUCAGAAGAGGAAUUAAGAAGUCAGACUCUGAAGCAACAAAUGAUUUUUGAUCAACAACAGAGACAUAUUGAGGAACUAAAGCAUGACAUGAACACCACAAAAGCUGGCAUGCAAUUCAUACAAAUGAAAUUUCAUGAAGAUUUCAACAAUCUUGGUAUGCACAUUCAUGGUCUAGCACAUGCUGCUUCUGGUUAUCACAAAGUCCUAGAAGAGAAUCGCAAAUUGUACAAUCAGGUGCAGGACCUUAAAGGAAGCAUCCGGGUCUACUGUCGAGUGAGGCCAUUCCUGUCUGGACAAUCAAACUGUCUGAGCACAGUUGACCAUAUAGAAGAAGGGAACAUCGCUAUUAACACCCCAUCAAAGUAUGGAAAAGGGCAGAGGUCCUUCACCUUCAAUAAAGUCUUUGGUCCAUCAGCAACUCAAGCGGAGGUCUUUUCUGAUAUGCAGCCAUUGAUUCGAUCAGUUCUUGAUGGGUACAAUGUUUGCAUAUUUGCUUAUGGUCAGACUGGAUCAGGGAAAACUUUCACUAUGAGUGGACCAAAAGACCUGACUGAGAAAAAUCAAGGUGUUAAUUACAGAGCAUUAGGUGAUUUAUUUCUUCUAGCAGAACAAAGGAGGGAUAUUUUUCACUAUGAUGUCACUGUUCAAAUGAUCGAGAUUUAUAAUGAGCAAGUCAGAGACCUCCUUGUUGCAGAUGGAAGUAACAAAAGAUAUCCUUUACUUACACUUUUGGAAAUUCGAAAUAGUUCUCAGACAGGUCUUAAUGUCCCUGAUGCUAACAUUGUCCCUGUUUCAUCAACAUAUGAUGUUAUUGAUCUGAUGAACCUUGGGCAAAGGAAUCGUGCUGUUGGUGCAACUGCUCUCAAUGACCGCAGUAGCCGCUCUCAUAGUUGCUUGACUGUUCAUGUUCAAGGAAGAGAUUUGACAUCAGGAACUAUUCUUCGUGGCUGUAUGCAUCUUGUUGAUCUGGCAGGAAGUGAAAGAGUUGACAAGUCUGAGGUGACAGGAGAUCGACUAAAAGAGGCACAGCACAUAAACAAAUCGCUCUCAGCUUUAGGAGAUGUGAUUGCUUCCCUCGCUCAAAAGAAUCCACAUGUACCUUAUAGAAACAGCAAGCUCACACAACUGCUUCAAGACUCACUUGGAGGGCAAGCCAAAACACUAAUGUUUGUUCACAUUAGCCCUGAGCUCAAUGCCGUAGGUGAAACAAUAAGCACUCUGAAAUUUGCAGAGCGGGUGGCCACUGUUGAACUUGGUGCUGCCAAAGUGAACAAAGAUAGUGCAGAUGUUAAAGAGCUUAAAGAACAAGUUGCUAGCCUCAAGGCUGCCCUGGCAAGGAAAGAGGGAGAGACCGAGCAAAGUCAACAAUCUGUAUCUGGCAGUGCAGAAAGAUAUAGAACCAAAACUAGUGACUUGUCACCUUUUAAUUCUAUUCAGCGAGUUGGAAAUAUGGUAGGUGGAAGGCAACCCAUGGGUGAUGUAGCCAACAUAGAGGUCUGCACCAACUCUGCGUUGAGGCAAAAGAGGCAAAGCUUUGAUCUUGAUGAGCUGUUAGUGAAUUCGCCUCCCUGGCCUCCUGUUAUCAGCCCUGACCAGAAGUACCGGGAUGACGAGAAGGAAAUGGGCUCUGGUGAGUGGGUGGAUAAGGUCAUGGUGAACAAGCAGGAUGUUGUAAACAGGGUUGAAAAUCCUAUGGCAUGUUGGGAAGCAGAAAAUGGAAAUCUGCAAGAUGUUGUCUACCAGAGAUAUCUCCAGGAUUCUUCCAAAACCUACCAAGACCAAUCAUACAAUAUGUUCAUGGGUGGAAACCGGUUCAACAUGGCUAGUGCUGAUGAUAUGGAUGACCUUGAUGCAGCUACCAGUGACUCAUCUGAGCCUGAUUUGCUUUGGCAAUUCAAUCAGUCCAAACUUAGCAGCUUAGCCAAUGUGAUGGAGACAAAGGCCAAGAAACCUAAUUCAAGACCAGAAAGGACACCAGAAUUAAGCAAAAAUUUAACUCCAAUGCUAGGCCCUUCACCAUCAAGAAAACUGAAAAAUGGAGUUGGCACUUCCCUCCAUAGAAAUGGAAGGCAACCAGCUCCUGCUGAAGGGAAACGCAAAACUGGGAACAGAAAAUAACAUGGUUAUGAAGUUAAAGCCACGUCAAUUGAGUGAUUUUUGAUUAUUUUUUAUUCUUUGAAGUCUUCUCUUGUGAAUUUGUUAGAGAAAGAUGUGUUAAAUAUACUGUCAAUUUUUUCAUUGUAAUUUUUGUGGUAUAGAUAAAAUUCAGCAAUAAUUCCAGUUGCUUCUCACUGUCCACGGAAGAGCUUCCUGCCUGCUUGGUUUUUUUUGUGACGGGCUUUUUGUAUAAAGACUUUGUAUUUUCCAUUAUUCUUCAAUGUCAAGAGACUGUAAUCUUU